CUUUUGAUGUGAAGUAACAUUGAGAAAGAAGAAUGGCAGCUUUGGAUCCUAAAGCAAAAGCAAAAAAGACUCUGGGAACUGUUGAUUAUGUGGAAUCAUCAGAAUUUGCACAAGGAAUUUUGCCUACAAAAAAGGAUGUCAUUCAAAAUAUGUUAUAUCUGUUGCAUCCCAAAAGGGCUGGGCAAGCCCAGCGAUCCAAAGAAGAUGCUGCCCAGUUGCUUGCUGAACUUCUGCAGGAACACUGGUUGUUUUGCAAUUUGUAUACUAUAGCAACACAAAGCAUAAAGAAGCAUAUUCUUAAGGUGUAUGAGGAAUUCUCAAAAUUGUAUCAGUCCAGAAAGCGAAGGAAAAAUGAGCUGUUUACACAGAAAGCAGAUGACUUCAACAGGAGCUCAGAGCAGCUUUUUGAUAUAUUUUGUACAGACACUGUAACAAGAGAGAAGUUGGAACAGUACGGUGGUGUGAAGAUGACAGACAUUGAGUGGAAAUUUCUUGAAGAUCAGAGAAGUGAACGGAAAAUGUACUUUGAGGAUUUCAUGGACAAGAAACAAAUGGAAACAAUAGAAAGACGAAGAAAGGUAGAGUCACUAGAGCAUUUCAGGAAGAUUGCUGAAGAAGAGAGAGAGGCACGUAAACAUAAAGGCAUGAGUUCCAACCGAGCUGAGCAGGCCAUUGAUGAUGUCAGUGAAAGAAAGAAAGAUGAUUCUUGUCUUGAACGCAGCAAGGGAAUUGGAGGUUUUUCACAUAAGGCAAAAAGAAAGCGCUUAUCUUCUGGCUGGAUUACUGGGACAGCAACUUCAACUAGCUAUAGUGAUGCAGUUGCCCCUGAAUGUCAACAUAUACGUAUGAGCAUCAGAAAAGUCAGGCCAGGGUUCUAUGAGACUUUUGACAAAUAUGAAAACUGCUAACUCAACAUCAAAAUCUGUAGAACAGGUUCUUUCUGUUGAUGUUUACAGAGUUUGGGGAGGUCUUAAUUACCCGGAUUAAUUGGAAGUUGAUGUAGAUAAUUAAGUUCUCCAUUAACUUACAGCAGCAACAUCAAAGCAGUAGCAUUGGUAGUAACUGGCUUUUACAUUACUGGAAAAAGUUAAGAAGUGAGUUUUUAAAGGUCUAUAUCAUUACCUUCACAAGGUGAGAUUGUAGGAACUGAAAGGCUGUAGUAUAGUAAAGGAAGGUGAAUGAACCAGCAUUUGGAAGUUAAAGUAAAAAAUGCACAUUAAUAGAUUGCCUAAAAAUAAUUUAUUCAUUAAUAAACUGCUUAGGAAGCCGGUGCAUUUUUCAUCACAUACAACCUUUAUGUUAGGCUGGGUGCUCCUGAAAACCUCUUCUGAUUUGUAGAUGUGAAGAUAGGAGCCAGAAAUGUGAGGAUAAAAUGCAGCCUUCAGCAAUAUGGUAGUUUCAGUACAUAUCCUUUUAUUCAUUCCAACUUCCCUAUCUCCAAAACCGGAAGCCCCUGUACAGUUAGGAAACGUUAAGCUAAUGAGAUGCUGCUUAUAGGAGAAUGUGAUUCUGGGGCUUUGUCUCACACUGCAUGUCCCCCCCCCCCAGCCUCACAGUUGCAGACUCUUUAACCAUUACAACCAGUAAAGCACUCCCUUAUGGGUAAACAGUCCUUGGACCAGUAACUUAAAUAGUGCUGUAAUUUCUUUGCAGCAUGGUGUACCCUCAGUAAUACUUGUCUGCUCAUAGGAGACAAGUGUAUAAAAUUUGCCUAAUUCAUUGAGACUUGAAAAGGCCCUGCAGAAGAAGGAAACUGAAUUGCUUGGAUUGUUCUGGCAGAUACAUAAUUGCUAAGGGAUCUCGACAGUACUGAGAACCUGCUUUGAUAAAUAACACUGGUUUGUGUGGGAAGAAAGGGUCAGGGAAUUUAAACAAUGGCUUUAGGUUCGAAUGUGGUGGCGACAACUCUGUAUAUUUCCUGCAUUCUUAGCAAUUAAAAAUCAUUGAUGGCAAAUAA